AUGCAAAAGUUCAUUAAGCAAGGCAGAUUGGUCAUCCUCUUGAACGGAAAGUACGCCGGCCGCAAGGCUGUUGUUGUAAAGACCUUCGAUGAGCCAAACAAGGAGCGUCCAUAUGGCCACUGUCUGGUUGCCGGUAUCGAGAAGUACCCACGCAGAGUCAUCAGAAGAAUGAACAGGAAGACCAUCUUGAAGAGAAUCUCCAUCACCCCAUUCGUCAAGGUCGUCAACUACAACCACAUCAUGCCAACUCGUUACAACUUCGAGACUCGUGAGGAAAGCGCCUUCAACGGUAUCAAGGACUCUGUCACCAUGGAGUCUGCCAAGCCAGCCAAGCGCGUCUCCACCAAGCACGCUGUAAAGAAGAUUUUCCAAGACAAGUACAAGGCCGGCAAGUCCAAGUGGUUCUUCUCGAGAUUGAGAUUCUAA